AUGCAUUGCUGGGCACGCAUUGUGCUCAUGCUGUGUAUCGAUUACGUCACUGCGGAUUUUGCCAAGACUUCGAUGGAAGCGUUUGGCCGUGCAGGCAGCAUUUCGCCGGACUCCGAACUCUCGGAUGCAUCUGGUGAAGCUAACGAGUCGGCAUCACCGAACGUCUCAACCUCAACCACCAGAACGACCACCAGUACUGUACCCUCAACCUCCACAACCUCCGCAACCUCCACCACUUCCACAUCCACACUCUGGCAGGCCACGACCACGUCAACUUCCUCCAGCACCACAUCAGCCACGUGGCAGGUUACGGAUACAUCCACGACGAACACCACAGCGACAAGCACACGUACUCGAACAGUCAGCAGCACAUCGACAUACUCAACAAGCACAACCUUGGACAGGAACACGACGUCGACUUAUACCACAAACACCUCCACGACCUCUAGAACGACUUCAACGGCCACACUGUCAACCCUCAGCACAACGACGACAACGACAACGGUCCAUAUCGUCACGCUCACCGGCGUGAUCCUGACCCAAGUGUCAUCUCCAUCUCGGUUUCUGUCCGAUGCGCAGGUGCCACUGGCACUGGCACGGGCAAUGGCCACUCUAACUCAGGUCCCCGCAAGCUCCACGCACGUCGUGCUGAACGUGGUGGAUGCCAGGCAGCUACAAGCCGACAGCGGUGCGGUUGAAAUUGUCUCUGCCACGACACUGCAAGGCCCGAGUGCCACCGAGCGCGCCGAGGUUGCCAAGCAACUCUUGAUACACGCUACGCCUGCAGAGAUUGCAGAGCUCAUGAGCUCUGAGGUAAAUGGCUUGCAGAUGGUGCCAUACUCCCUGGAAGUGCUGGAGGUUGCUCCGCCCACUAUCACGGGCCGCGCCGUGCAGGUUUCCGACCAUCGAAGCAGUGGAGGCGAAGGAAUCGUCUUUGACACCCAGGACAUGGCUGCAGGGGCGGCUCUAAGCCCCGAAUGGCCAUCUGUGAUUCUGAUUGCUGCAGUGAUCGUCUUCUGA